UCCUCGCGUGUGUGUGCGUGCGCACCGCUCCUCCGAUUAGGCGCCCCACCCCCCCCGAGUCUGGAGCAGCAAAGCGGCGGAGCUUCACUGGCUCUCCUCGGUGCGGGAUAUACAGCAGCGGAGAGCGGCAUGGACACGGAAGGGAGCCCGAGCAGCCUGUCGUCCGGCACGGACAACUCCCCCCACGACCCAUGCAAAAUGUUCAUCGGGGGUCUGAGUUGGCAGACGACGCAAGAGGGCUUGAAGGACUACUUCUGCAAAUUUGGCGAGGUGAAGGAGUGCCUGGUGAUGCGAGAUCCCAUCACCAAGAGGUCGAGGGGGUUCGGGUUUGUCACGUACGCGGACCAGGCCGGCGUGGAGAAAGUUUUGGCCCAAAACAGACACGAGCUGGACUCAAAAACGAUCGACCCCAAAGUGGCUUUCCCUCGCCGGGCUCAGCCGAAGUUGGUGACUCGGACUAAGAAGAUCUUUGUUGGAGGACUCUCAGUCAACACGACCGUAGAAGAUGUGAAGCAAUACUUUGACCAGUUCGGAAAGGUCGAUGACGCCAUGCUUAUGUUUGACAAAACAACCAACAGACACAGAGGUUUUGGUUUCGUCACCUUUGAGAACGAAGAUGUGGUGGAGAAAGUGUGUGAGAUCCACUUCCAUGAGAUCAACAACAAAAUGGUGGAGUGUAAGAAAGCGCAGCCCAAAGAGGUGAUGACCCCUACAAGUUCAGCCCGAGGUCGAUCCAGAGUGAUGCCCUAUGGGAUGGACGCGUUCAUGUUGGGUAUCGGUAUGCUUGGCUACCCAGGUUUCCAGACUACCACCUACACCAGCCGCAGUUACUCUGGAAUCGCGCCUGGCUACGCCUACCAGUUCCCAGAAUUCCAUUUAGAGAGGACCCCCCUCCUGGCAUCUUCCCACCCCGCUGAGCUGGCAGCCAUUCCCUUGACUGCGUAUGGACCAAUGGCAGCAGCGGCAGCAGCAGUUGUUCGAGGCUCCGCCCCUUCCCGCACAGGCUUCCUGAGCACCAGCAGCCCUGGACCAAUGGCUGACUUGUACGCAGCAGCCAAUCAGGACUCAGUCGGCAGCUACAUCAGCGCGGCUAGCCCCGCCCCCAACACAGGGUUCGGCCACAGUCUCGGGGGUCCUCUGAUCGCCACGGCGUUCACUAAUGGCUACCACUGAGCUGACUCGGGUGACCUGAGGGCUUCUCUUCUGCUGACGAGCCAAUCAAAUGCUGAGUGCUGUGACGGCACAACCUGAUUGGCCGGCUGCAGGCUCUGCCUGUGGCUCCGCUCACCGACUGAAUAUCUUUUUAAAAACUCUUUUUGCUGUACUAAUCUCAUCAUAAUCUCCCCGUGUGUUGUCCUGAUCUACGUUAGACCCUCAGAUCUACGUUAGACCCUCAGAUCUACGUUAGACCCUCAGAUCUACGUUAGACCCUCAGAUCUACGUUAGACCCUCAGAUCUACGUUAGACCCUCAGAUCUACGUUAGACCCUCAGAUCUACGUUAGACCCUCAGAUCUACGUUAGACCCUCAGAUGCGUUAUUUUCUUUGGAAACGGAGAAAAGAGAAAAAAAAGGGUCUGAAAUUACCGUUGUCAUUUUUGACAAAAGCCGAAGAAGACUAUUUUUUCUAAAGUUAUUCUCUCUCACUCUUCUAUUGUUGCAACUCCCAUUCUGACCACAACAACAAAAACGGGCAUGAUUUUCUUUUCUUUCUUUUUUUUGUGCAAAGCCUUUUAACUCCAAUGAACAAAUCCAACUAAGUCAUUUUUCUAAGCAUCACGGAAACAGGAAACAAACAAAAAAAUGUAUAUUUUGAUAGUCUUUAAAACGAAACCUUUGUAAUAUUGUUAUUAAUAUUGACAUCAUUAUGAUCAUCUGUGAGGUAUUUUAUUCUGUCAUUGGUUUUAAAAGCAAUGUUUUGAUGUCUUCCUGUAAGAUAUUGUACAUAAACAUGGGGAGGCGGGACUACUGGACCAGCCGGCAUGUCAUUGGCUGCUUCUGGGAGGGGAGGGUCACCUUCUAUUUCACUGGAAGUCAUACACACCUGCUCAUACACACCUGCUCAUACACACCUGCUCAUACACACCUGAUCAUACACACCUGAUCAUACACACCUGCUCAUACACACAUGCUCAUACACACCUGCUCAUACACACCUGCUCAUACACACCUGCUCAUACACACCUGAUCAUACACACCUGCUCAUACACACCUGAUCAUACACACCUGCUCAUACACACCUGCUCAUACACACCUGUUCAUACACACCCGCUCAUACACACCCGCUCAUACACACCUGUUCAUACACACCUGAUCAUACACACCUGAUCAUACACACCCGCUCAUACACACCCGCUCAUACACACCUGCUCAUACACAUCUGCUCAUACACACAUUACACCUGUUCAUACACACCUGCUCAUACACGCUUGAUCAUGCACACCUGAUCAUACACACAUUACACCUGAUCAUACACACCUGUUCAUACACACCUGUUCAUACACACCUGAUCAUACACACCUGCUCAUACACACCUGCUCAUACACACCUGUUCAUACACACCUGAUCAUACACACCUGAUCAUACACACCCGCCCAUACACACCCGCUCAUACACACCCGCUCAUACACACCUGUUCAUACACACCUGAUCAUACACACCUGAUCAUACACACCCGCUCAUACACACCCGCUCAUACACACCUGCUCAUACACAUCUGCUCAUACACACAUUACACCUGUUCAUACACACCUGCUCAUACACGCUUGAUCAUGCACACCUGAUCAUACACACAUUACACCUGAUCAUACACACCUGUUCAUACACACCUGCUCAUACACACAUUACACCUGCUCAUACACACCUGCUCAUACACAUAUUACACCUGUUGAUAUAUCACCUGCUCAUACACACCUGUUCAUACACACCUGUUCAUACACAUCUGCUCAUACACACAUUACACCUGUUCAUACACACCUGCUCAUACAUACAUUACACCUGUUCAUACACACCUGCUCAUACACACAUUACACCUGUUCAUACACACCUGCUCAUACACACCCGCUCAUACACACCCGCUCAUACACACCUGAUCAUACACACCUGCUCAUACACAUCUGCUCAUACACACAUUACACCUGUUCAUACACACCUGCUCAUACACACAUUACACCUGUUCAUACACACCUGCUCAUACACACAUUACACCUGUUCAUACACACAUUAAACCUGUUCAUACACACAUUACACCUGCUCAUACACACCUGCUCAUACACACAUUACACCUGCUCAUACACACCUGCUCAUACACACAUUACACCUGCUCAUACACGCUUGAUCAUGCACACCUGAUCAUACACACAUUACACCUGAUCAUACACACAUUACACCUGAUCAUACACACCUGCUCAUACACACAUUACACCUGCUCAUACACAUAUUACACCUGUUGAUAUAUCACCUGCUCAUACACACCUGUUCAUACACAUCUGCUCAUACACACAUUACACCUGUUCAUACACACCUGCUCAUACAUACAUUACACCUGUUCAUACACACCUGCUCAUACACACAUUACACCUGUUCAUACACACCUGCUCAUACACACCCGCUCAUACACACCCGCUCAUACACACCUGAUCAUACACACCUGCUCAUACACAUCUGCUCAUACACACAUUACACCUGUUCAUACACACCUGCUCAUACAUACAUUACACCUGUUCAUACACACCUGCUCAUACACACAUUACACCUGUUCAUACACACCUGCUCAUACACACAUUACACCUGUUCAUACACACCUG